AUGGUGGACAACAGUAACUUUAACUUUGGUUUAACGUACGGGUUCCUGUUGUGGGACUUCUAUAUUUUGGGCUGUGUACUGUGUAUGUGGUACUCUAGUGGCAGUAAACGUCAUCUCAGGUUGUUCUACACAAAAUGGCGGCAGUUAUCUCAAGAGAAAGCGACAGAGGAGCUGGGUUUAAAGCCUAUCACGUGUCGCCGAUGGAGGAACAGGAUAAUGUUUGUUGGCUGUUUCAAUGUGCUCUUCAAUUUUGGUUCUUUCACUGCCGUUCUAUCUCUACAAGAACCCACUAUGGUGGUAACCAAAGCUAAUGGAGUAAUUCCGAAUAAUUUAAAAACGAUUCGCAUAUACCACUCCAAGCUGUGCGGUGUCUUCUAUAACUACAACAAGUUCCUCAAUUAUUACCUCCCUUUAGUCUAUCUUGUGACCAUAGCCAAUAGUUGUCUGACCCUUUACAAUGUGAUAGUGCACCCCAACUGGUCGUUAGUCACUCUCUUGAAUGUGUUAUGGCUGUUAGUGUCUCUAGCCAUUUGUGGUGUCUUGUCAUUGAGUCUAUCAUCUGUGCAUGAAAUGGCCCACUCUCCACUAGACAAACUGUAUGAUCUCAGAGAGACAGAAAACUCGUGGCCAUCUCAAGUUAUACAGAUUGCUGGAGCCUACAUCACAUAUUUUAUGUUGCUUCUCCAGUUCAGGCCUUAGCAGAUGGAUAAAUCAUGUGGUUAUUGAUGGACAUA